AUGUCGGUCGAGCACCUCUCCCUGCCUCCGGGCCAUCUUCCCCCACCACCAGCCUACGCCCGCCCAAAGCUGCUGGGGACGUACUCCCACCUCCCCGACCGGCGGAUCGUCCCCGGCGACGCGAGCAUGGCGUAUUACCGCCCCGCACCCCUCGGUGCGGAUCUGACCUACGGCGCCAAAGAGCGGAUAGACCGCGACGAGAGCGUGGAGGAACACCUCGAUGGGCUGGUGGAAAGUUUCCGGAGGAUUGGGAGGGAGAGGCCCGGCGGCGUGGUGACUUGGCGCGGGAUGCUGACGAGGUUCAUGACGGCUCCCUUUGAGACGGAGGGAUGGGCGAUGGACGCGGUUGCGCUGAAUGGGAGCGUGUAUCUGGAGCUUUACGAUCCGCCGGAGGAACGAGCUAAGAGAAAGCCUGGGCUUUGCCGAGCUACAUGGGCUAUGCCUACGAGGCAUACUCGACGUAUCCUGAGGGCGACGAGGCGGUGGACGGGCCCGAGGGCUGGUCGGGAACAGUCAACACGAAUGUGCAGUGGUGCAACUGACAGCAGCAUUGUCGAGUCGUCCAUCGGUGAGAUUCCCGUCACGAUCGGCGGAGAAGUGGACUGUGUGGACGGAACACCGAACCCAGGUCUGAGCAAAUGCGUCGAGCUCAAGACGAACAAGGUCAUCAACGACGAGCGGGGGGAUAACAUCUUCCACAAAAAGCUGCUGAAGCACUGGGCGCAGAGCUUCCUCCUCGGUAUUCCCGACCGACGCGGGCAUCCUGUCCUCGCAGCGCAGCUUCCAAACUCUGCGUAUUCCGGGUAUAGUCGCGGGACAGAAGCGGGGUUGGCGUCCCGAACCUGCGCUGCACUUCUUGUACGCUGCGCUCGAGAUGGUGACGCGGAACACACUGCCGAGCGACCCGCACCCGCCUGA